CAUUUAGUGUCGGCAUUCAACAAUGGAUAAUGAACGAAGCAGCCAAAGAGGUCGGCCGACCGACAAUGGUGGUACCAGUAACCUCGACGCAAACUCUGGCGCCUGGAUCAUGCGGCAACCCAGACGACCAAAGCUACCUUUCGAUAGGCUACAGAUAGGCGGAUUAAAGCAGCUUCCUUCAUUUACUAAGAACGAACUCAAUGAUUUCGUCAAGAUGGUCGAGAUGGAGACACCUGAACAAUAUCAAGGCGAGAGUGACGACAAAGCCAGAAUCACAUUUGUAGCAAGAGGCCAUGUGGAUGCCAUCCGAUAUGCGGUUCAAGCGAUGAAGACGCAAUCUGAUCCCGCAUCUCCGCGUCUUAUCAUGUUCACCGACGCGUCCUUCAAUCAUAGAGCGAACAUUGCUGGCUGUGGGAUUACCUACAAGCGCACCUAUGGUCGCGAUCACAACUGGAUCGACGCAGCCUACGGGUCAAGAGGGAUCUCCGAUUAUAUUGAUCUGGAAGUCAUAGCGCUGCAUAGGGGGCUAUGGAUAGCCUAUUACGAGAUGAUGGAUUGGGUCGGUCGAUGUCCAGAUCUUGGCUUUGGCAAGCGCGCUUCAAUGCCCAAGGUUAUCGUCAUUACCGACGGGCUCUCCGGGAUCCAGAACUUGCAUUACAGCUACUGCCGCACCAAGCUAGAGUUCAAACCGUUCGACGAACCGGAAAUCCACCAAGAUCUAGCAUGUCCAGUCGAAAAACUCCUGAAACUAGGCUGCAAGGUCGAGGUCCACUGGACGCCGGGGCAUGUCGGGGUUAAAGGGAACAGUAGAGCCGAUGCGUUAGCUGCUCUGGGGGCCAACUAUGCUUUGAAGUAUGCCCGUUCGACUGGUCGCGACAUCACGGACUUGAUGCUCCCAUUCUCGAAUCCCUUGCCUAGCGCAAAGACUAGAAAACCGUAUCCGUUCCACCUCGGAAAUCCAAUGAACGAUCUAAUGCAUUGGCGUGAGGAAGAAACGAAAGGGGCCAUCCUAAACUCAUUGCCACGGAGAAGUGCUUUGGAUCUUAUCUCGAUUAUGUUCCAAACGCGAGGUUCCGAGAGAGAAACCCCCUCCAGGCCCAAAGCCGUGAAGAAGGUCGUCGAGAAAAAGCUGGUCAAGAAACAGGCAUUCGAGAAAGACUCACCGAGGAUGGGCAAUGGAGUUAAGGAAAAGCUAUCAAAUAUCAUGGAUAGGAUGGGCGAACUUUUCGAGAAAGCCCCUCAACCAACCGCUCCCCAGAGUGAUAGUAAUACCAGACGAGGGAAGAGAAAGGCAGAUGCUGAUCCCUAUCCUGACGAUGCCGAUAACCUGGCGCCUCGAUUCAAAAGACUUAGAACUAAUGCUGGUACUGACGACCAGAAUUGCAUUGUCCAAUGA